AUGAAACUAGUCUAAUAAGAGUAUUACUUCAGCAGACCCAAAAUCAGCAGUCUUUAUUCACCUGAGAGCAAAUAUAAAUCUAUUUCUCAUUAUUCCGACAAAUCUUUAGUCCAGAAUAUUGAUACAUAAAUCUAGAUCAAUUAAAUCAUGCAGAACAUUUAAUACUUGAGAGGAAAGAUUAAUUACGAAAAGAAUUAACUGCAACAAUUAUCCUUUCUUAAUAGCGAUACUAAUUUCUCAUUUACCUCAGUACCUCUUAGUAAAUUAGAUCCUGAGUCCUACUAUAUGAAAUAAAAGAUUGUAUAACUUAAAGAACAGUUAAAACAAUUAGAGGAUGACCAGAAGCGAAUGUAAUCGAUGAACUAUGAGAAAAUUGACUAAAAUGAGGAGUAUGCCUUCAAAAAUUACACUAUGAUUGUCAUGAGGCGUAAAUCUAAAAAGUAGCUUAUUCGGCAUAAAAAUGAACUAGUAAAUUAGAUUAAAUAAUUAAAAAAUGAAAUUUAUAUGGAUUAAAUUGAAAUCAAUGUCUAAGACAAUCAAAUUAUGGUAUUAGAAAAAAAAUAUAAACAAUAUAAAAUAAGAUUAUCAAAAGUAUCUGAAUAGCUCAAAUAAAUUAAACAAAAUGUAAGUGUUUAUCAACAAUUUGAUAUGAAAAAGUCUAUGGAAAUCAAAGAUUUUAUGAGUAAGUUGGGAGUAGGGGAUUCUACAGUAGAUGACAUGGAUGAUGUGCUUGAAAAUUACAAUAGAAAAAUAUUAAAUAAUUAAAAAAUCAUAGAUGACUUUUUAUUAAUAGCAUAACAACGAUCCUAUUACACAUUGUCAUAAAUGUAAGAUCUAGAAUAUCAAAUCAAAUUAUAAAAGGAUGAUAAAUAAUAACUAUGUUAAUAAAUUAACGAACUAAAAUUACGCAUAUCUAAAUUCUCAAAAACCAAAAGAACAUCCUUGGAAAACAAUUACAAUAAAGAUAAUUAAAAUGAGGAUGAGGUAGUUGAUUGGAUUUUUAAUAGUAGGGAUUUAGAUGAGUUUCCUUUGACAUAAUCAAAAAAUAUGGAUGAUUUUGAAAGUGAUUUUUGA